CUGAUGACGAUGACGGCGGAGGAGAAUGACGCAGCUCAUUUAGCAGGAACGAGGAGUCAAGUGUCGUGGUUUUUCACACAAGUCAGAGUGGCCCUGGCGGUGGCGAUAAUAAAGACCAAGCCUGCGGGAAUGAGCGGCCGCAAGCAUGCGGAGGCCGUGGCCUGCAAGCUGAAGAGGCAGGAUGAGAGGUGGAGGGAAAGAGCCCAGGAGCUGCAGCAGGAGGUGCUGAGGCUGCGACAGGAGCUGCUCAUCACCAGGGUGACGUCAACUGCCGAGAGCAACACCGAGGCAGCAGGUGAUGACGAUGACAACGCGGUGGUAGACGCUUCUCUGGAUGGCUUUGCUUCUUCAAACCCUCCAGCUGACUGUGACUAUGACUCAGCGACUCCCGAUCUCCUUCUACCAGACUCUCAGCCUGCGGCUCCCUCCUCUCACCAGCACCACCUCCUCCCUCCACAGGAGGCAGCGCUGUGUCCUCACGUUCACUUCCUCCACUCGCUGUGUUCUCUGCACCGAGUGGCGCGGACCAGCAGAGGCCUGGAGGCUCUGUGGUUCGGUCCCGACGGGGGCGCCGGCUCGGUCCUGGCCGACUCCGUGUGCCAGCUUCUUGAGUCGGUGGUGGCGGCGUGCGGGGCCCCGCCCCCUCUGGGCCCCGGGGACCUGGUCCAGCAGGCCUGUGCUGUGGCGGCGCGGGCCUUGGACGUGUUCUGCCGGCACAGUCUACCGUCAGCAGAGUUCAGGAGGCGUGUGGAGGAGUCGCUGAGGGAGAUGACGACCAUUCUGCUGCGCGGCCGUCAGCCUGGCGAGCUGCAGACUGCAGAGACACUCAGAGAACACCUGGUUACUCUGGGCAACAGCAACAUGUCAAAGUCUUUCCUCAUUGGUCACAUCCUCUCACAGAUCAGCGCCGUGGCCGAUCAGCUGUGGCAGCUGCUCCAGGGGCAGCAGAGUGGUGGUCUGGACACGUUCCCUCUGGACCAGUACCAGAACUGCUGCCACCUGCUGUGGGUCGCGGAGCAGCUCCUGCAGACGUCGUCCGCGGGGGUGGACGUGGCGUCGGAGCGGACAGUUUUCCUGCGUCACCUGGAGCGCCGCGUCUUCCUGCUGUCAGAUGAGUUCCCUCUGUUUUCAGUCUACAUGUGGAGGGUGGGACGUCUCCUGACGUCCUCGGAGACGUGACGGCAGAAUUACACCAGCAAGAGUAGAGAGACUUUUCUCGGUUUGGUUCAUGAAACUCAAAGAAAAUAUUCAAACAUUAUGCUUGUCCGAAUUAGUUGGAAAUAAUUUAGUAAUCAAUUAUUCAAUUAAUAGUUGCAGGGCUAGUGUGAAUUAAAUGUUGUCAAAUGAA